AUGGGUGCUAACAAUCAACUAGCAGAAUUGAAACAAUUUCUUGUCAAAGACGCAACUCAAAAUCAGAUACAAUAUUAUCUAACAGAGCAGUUCAUUAAUUGGAAGUUUAUCCCUCCGUAUUCUCCGCAUAUGGGUGGAUUGUGGGAAGCGGCAGUUAAAUCUGCCAAAACACACAUGAAAAAGAUUAUCGGACAGACUAUAUUAAGUUUCGAAGAGCUUUAUACUAUUCUUACACAAAUAGAAGCAUGUUUAAAUUCUAGGCCGCUCACGCCAAUGUCUAACGAUCCUAUGGACCUACAACCGUUAACCCCCGGGCAUUUUAUCAUAGGUGAAGCGCUCACUGCACUUCCAGAUUACGAUCUUAUUGAAGUACGUGUAAAUCGUCUAACGCGUUACCAAUUAAUCACACAAAUAAGACAAGGUUUUUGGUCCAGAUGGUCGCAGGAGUACAUAUCUCAGUUGCAACAACGAUUUAAAUGGAAACAGCCAGAAGACACAAACAUAAAACCAGGUACCAUGGUGUUGAUAAAAAACGAAAAUACUCCUCCGAUGAUCUGGCCAUUAGGUCGAAUUACAGAGACGCACCCGGGAGCGGACGGGAUAAUACGCGUAGUUACUAUAAAAACUAGUCAUGGUCUAACCAAGCGAGCGUUAUCCAAA